AGUGUCCAUAUCAUAAUCAUUCGUUAAUCAAACCACAAAAUCUAACUUCCACCAAAGGAAAAAAAAGAAUGGAAUUAGUUGAAGAGAUGGGUGAAAAAAGAGUUGUGGUUGACAAAGCUUUUCUCUACGAAGAAGACAAACCACUUACCGUCUGCAAAACCUCUCUGUUCCACACCGGUGAUGGUUUCGCCGCCUACGACUGUCACGGCGAUAUCAUCUUUAGGGUCGAUUCAUACGGACCCGGCACAAGAGAUGACGAUGAGUUUGUCCUCAUGGACGUCACCGGUAACUGUCUCCUCACCGUUAAACGAAAGAGGCCGACUCUUCACCAGAGAUGGGAAGGUUUUCUCGGGGAGAGAUCAGAUGGCCAGAAACCGAUCUUCAGUGUCCGGAGAUCGUCGAUAAUCGGACGGUGCACGAUGGAAGUAGAGGUUUACGACGAAACAGGAGAAGAGUACACCAUAGAUGGUGACUUCUCGCAACGAAGCUGUCUCAUACACGACACGAAGAAGCGAACUGUGGCUGAGAUCAAACGCAAAGUGGACGCGUCAACGAACGUGAUGCUUGGACGAGAUGUGUUCACUCUAGAGAUUAAACCUGGUUUCGACGGUGCUUUCGCGAUGGGUUUGGUCCUUGUGCUUGACCAGAUCAACGGUGAUGAUCCAGUUGAGAUUGGUGAUGAACAGGUGCACCCUUUUGUAGAGGACAUUUGAAGCUGUUUGUGUAUCAUUGUGUAAAAGUAAAACACACAAAGUUGCUACGUUGCAUAUUAUAGCCUGUCUCUAGAAAUUUGUUGACUAGCUAUAUAUAUGUGAUAUUUUACAAGUUUAUUUUGUCAACUAAUUUUAUUAUAUAUACAGAAACUGUUUAAAUUUUUGAUUUGUA